CGAAAAUCCUCGCCCAUUCCAAUAUCCCACGAGAAUGCCAAAUUUUACCCUGCCCAAGCCAACCCCGGAUGUUUACUUUACCCAAUCCAUGCCUGACAAUAAAAUUACUGAACCAACCUCACCUCCUCACAAUUUAAACCCUAACCAGCAUACCUUUUGUUCACAAACGAUACCUCAAAAACCUCCCAUUGAAUAUUUCCCCAUCGACAACAGAGGAAUUACCAAACCCUCCAAAUCAAUAGUGAUGACUAAAUACCUGCCUAAACAUCAACACAACAUGAAUAAAUUGAAACAACGCCCAACUACAACAAAACCAAAAGCCUUGCGGGAGGGUCUAACGAAAAUGGCAGCAACAACAAUGGAAUGUAAUCCCCUGCCAAUAAAGGUAAAAAUAAAACCUAAACUGAUUAAUUCUCCCCCUAUAUUUCCAUGCACAACUUUUCCUAAUUGGCAUGGUGGUUCGUGUUUGGCUUAUACCCUGGCCUAUGUUCCCGUACAACGACAACCCAUUCCGUUAUCCCAGAUAAACUUCAUGGUGCGCCACCCACCAACACCUUUGAAUAUGCUCAACGUCAACCAACAACGAUGCCCCUUGCUGCUGCCCCCACAACUACUCCCACUAAAAGCCUUGGCCGGAAUGUCGCGAAACGCGAAAUUUCUUUAAAU